AAAUAAAAUGUACUCGUUGCAACUGUGGAUUGUUGUGGUGAUACUUGCCUGGAUAUAUUUUCUGUGGAGCCGACGGAGAUUCUACUUACUGAUGCUGAGGGUGAAGGGUCCCAUGGGAUAUCCUCUCGUUGGCUUUUAUCUGCAGUACUUACGGAAUAAACGUAACACGGACCAACGCGUUAAAUAUUACCAGAAGUAUGGACCAACCCACCUCUCAUGGCUGGGCACAGUGCCAGUCCUGCUGACAUGUGAGCCAAAUGUUGUCCAGGACAUUUUAACGUCACCCCAUUGCCUGGACAAGAGCCAUAUUGCGUGCAAUGCCUUACAAUUGACUGCUGGUCCGGGAAUUAUGGCAUUACGAGGAUCACAUUGGGUUGAGCGUCGCAAACAGAUGAAUCCCUCAUUCAGACACAAUGUCCUGAUGAGCUUCCUUCCGCUGUUCAAUGAAGAGACGAAUAACCUGAUCUCUUUGCUUCACACUUUUGUGGGGCAGGGUGAACAGAAACUGUUGCCGGAGUUUAUAAACUGGUCGUUUACAACAGCGCUCCAAUCGACAAUGGGCAGCGACGUGAAGGAGAAUCCAGACAUCAAGAAUGGGACGCUACUCAACAAAUUUCAUUAUCUCUUGGAAGAUACAAAUCUCUCAGUGAUACAUCCUUGGCGCCAGAACCAGAUCAUUGCAACACUCUUAGGCAUCCAACAGCGGAGAUCAAAGAUGCUGAAUUAUUUGAAUGCCUUUGCUCUAUCUAUAAUAGAGGAAAAGCUGAAGACACAAACAAAUGCAAGCCAAGAAUCUUUUGCGAGCAGGAAUACAGUUAUCAAUAGGGUUGUGGAAUUGAUAAAAAGCGGAGAGCUUUCCUACGCAGAUGCCAUGGGCGAGUGCCUUCUUACCAUCGUUGCUGGCUUCGAGACAUCGGCCGUAACAGUCUUUACCACUCUUACUUUGUUGGCCCUAUUUCCAGAGCAUCAAGAGGCAGCAUUUGAGGAGCUGAAAAAUGUCUUCCCUAAUGGAGCAGACUCUGAGGUCUCCCACGAUGACAUACAGAAGCUUGUGUUCUUGGAUCGUGUGGUGAACGAGUCGAUGCGGUUGCUACCUCCAGUCCCUCUACUCCCACGGGAGACUUCAGCGGACUUGCAACUCACAAAUGGUGUUCUAAUCCCCAAAGGUGUUACAGUUGCCAUCGACAUAUUGAACGUUCAUCGCAACAGGAAUUUCUGGGGCCCGGAGGCAGAUACCUUCAAUCCCGACAACUUUCUUCCCAAACACAUUCGAGAAAGGCAUCCCUACGCUUUCAUUCCGUUCAAUAAGGGCAAAAGAAAUUGUCUAGGCUGGAAAUAUGCGGAGCUCUCUACAAAGAUUGCCUUGGCCAAGAUACUGAGGAACUUUCGCUUCAGCACAAGCUUUCGUUAUGAGGAUAUCUCCUUCCUUGAUAAUAUUGUUAUGAACUUAAGGGAAAAACCCCUUUUUGAAGUGCACAGGAGAUGA